CUUUUUUUCUUUCUUUCUUUAGGAAUUGAAAAUUUGGAUAGUGGUGUUGGAGUCUAUGCACCAGACGCAGAAGCAUAUACACUUUUUGCUGACCUUUUCAAUCCUAUCAUUGAAGAAUAUCAUGUAGGUUUCGGCCCAAAGGAUAAGCAUCCUCCUAAAGAUUUUGGAAAUGUUAACAACCUCGUGAACUUGGAUCCCAAAGGCGAAUUUGUUAUUUCUACUAGAGUUAGAUGCGGUCGAAGUUUAGAAGGAUACCCAUUCAAUCCGUGUCUAACUGAGCAGCAAUACAAGGAAAUGGAAGAGAAAGUAAGCAGUACACUCUCAGGUAUGACUGGAGAACUUAAGGGUACAUAUUAUCCUCUAACUGGAAUGGAUAAGGCAACGCAACAGCAGCUUAUUGACGACCAUUUUCUCUUCAAAGAAGGAGACCGUUUCUUACAGGCUGCUAAUGCUUGCCGUUUCUGGCCAACAGGCAGAGGUAUAUACCAUAAUGAUAACAAAACAUUCUUAGUCUGGGCGAAUGAAGAAGACCACCUGAGGAUCAUUUCGAUGCAGAAAGGAGGCGAUCUCAAGCAGAUAUAUAAGAGAUUAGUCGAUGCUGUAAAUAUUAUAGAAUCACGACUUCCAUUUUCUCAUGACGACAGGCUGGGCUUUUUGACUUUCUGCCCAACCAAUCUGGGAACAACUAUCCGUGCAUCUGUGCACAUCAAGCUACCGAAACUUGCCAAAAAUAGGGACCAGCUGGAAGCUAUUGCUGGAAAGUUUAAUCUACAAGUCAGAGGAACUCGAGGUGAACACACUGAGGGCGAAGGAGGUGUUUACGAUAUUUCGAAUAAGAGGCGCAUGGGACUUACGGAGUACCAGGCCGUAAAAGAAAUGCAAGAUGGAAUUUUGGAACUUAUUAAAAUGGAGAAGGCUGCUUAAGGAAGAAUCCCCCAAACAGAAAGAUAUUCAAUAAUAUUUCUGAAAGCUUUGAUGCUUUAUCUUUAGCACAAUGCGCCCUAGCUCUGUUUCAUACAACCAUUCCUUUCACUAGAUGUAAAAAUAAGAGAACAAGCCAAUAGAAUUUGGUGUAAAUUUUUAUUCUUUUCGGAAUUAAUUCUAGUUUUCUAUACUUAAUUUGUUUGUUGAAUAAAGUAAUUUUUUCGGUCUAAUACAUUGAAAUGUUUUUAGUAACAACACUUAAGAUAUUUAUAGAGCUUUUAGGAGAUAUUUUAGAUAAUUAUAAUUUUCUUAAUUUAUGAAGCCGUACGUAUAUGAAUAUAUAAAACACGUACUUAAUUAUAAGAGCUCAUUUUAAAGUACUUCACUUGCAUUUAAUUUUCAGUCUUUGAAACUUACUCUGGUUUCCAAAUGCUAUGCAUCAGUUACAAAAUGGUUCACUCUUCAGGAACUUUUGAAAUGCAAAUGCAGAAGCUCUGUGGAGAAAAAAAGAAAGUGAGAUUAAAAGAAUCUGUGAUGUGGUUUUAAUUGAUAGAUAUUUGUCAGAGAGAAUGGAAUUAACCGAAAACUAAACUACGGAAGUUGAGAAUAAUUAAAUAAAAUUAGAUAUGAGCAUUUGUAUUUGCACUGUAAGGCUCGCGGGGGAUGUUUCUCCUGUUCGAAAGUUGCUAUGAACAUGUUGCAUUUGGUAAUUACUGGCAAAUGCAGACCCAUAAAUGCAAUUACUGUGAGGUUUAAUUGAGAUCUGAAAUAUGACUGUCUUUCUGGAAAACAAAAGCACGUUCUUGCUACUGUCUUGUAAAGUUUCAUCUCAUUACAUCAGGCAGUCUAAGCUUAAGGCGCCAUCUCCGUGCAGUUGAAAGAUCACUGAAAAUAUGCUUGCUUAUGAUAAGUAAUGAUCGUCAAACUUUACUGCGGACCUCCUAAAAUAUCCAACACUUUUUUUAUUACGCCUGCUAUCUUUAAUUAAUGAAAAUGUAUAUAAAUAGGUUGUUAACAUUAUAAAAUUAUGCAAAGUAACAUUACUGAAUUAGCUAAAUUCUGUACUGCUUCUUAGAUGUUGUUAAUGAGGAUGUUUUUUCGUCGUUCCGAAUAAGUAUAAAUUUUCAGCUAAAGUACUGGCGAGGUUUAGUCUUAAAAUUUGUUUAUCUAAGUUAAUUUUUUCUUGGGCAUUUUUAGAGCCAGAUUUACAUAGCUAAAGGAUAUGGUCGUGUAAAUCCAGUUUCACCAAAGUAAAAUGAAUUAGCAGAAAAUUCGUGCCGUUACAGCAAGGAGCUGGAAAACUCAGAAGUAAUUUUGAUUCUCUGUAUUCUUUGCAAGUAUUUAAAAGCCAGAGGUGUGAAUAUAGGUUAAAACUGGGCACAUUUAUAUCCUCUUCUAUUAAAAAUUUUUGAGUGCUACAGUUGUUUGAGAAUGGCAGAACAUUAAUACUGAAAUACUGACAAAAUUUCCUUGGUUGCAACUUUCACCGUAUCUCAGACAAGUUAUUUCUACUUGCAUCUACAUACCGUAUAUUUAAGCAAUUAGCUAGAGAUUAAGCGUUUUUAUAUCAGUAAGAUUUUCAUCUGCAUGCCAUAUAAAAGUAAGUUAGAUUUGCUACUGAACCUCCAACCAUGUCUCGCUUGAAUAACUGAACUGAUUGAAUAACUGAGUCAGUUUAUUUAAUACUUAUAUGUUCCUUAUCAAACAUUAGGAAACCAGCGUAGUUUUUUUAGAUUCAGCUAUGGAAAAUUGUUAAAAUAUCGACUUUGUUGAAUAAAUAUAUGUAUGAAAUUUUACCGUGAGCACUUUGUUAAUAAAAUAUGUUGCAAUAUGUUA